AUGUCACGUCAACGUCAACCUGAUCUUAAAGGAAAGAAAACUUUAAGGCUAGAAAAAGCCUUUCAGGAGAAAGAGACGGGAAACAAUUUCUUUAAAAAAGGUGACUACAAAAAAGCGAUCGAGCACUAUGGAAAGGCUAAUGAAUUGGAUCCCAAAGAACCUGUUUACAUUAUAAAUCGUGCUAUGGCUUACUUAAAACUUAACAAAUGGGUUGAAGCUGAAGAUGACUGUACUAAGGGAUUGUUGCUACAUCCUGAUAACAUAAAAGCCCUUUGGAGAAGAGGAAUUGCAAGGCGAGAACUGGGAAAAUUACAAGAUGCCAAAAAAGAUCUGGAUGAUGCAUUGCUGCUAGAACCGAACGAUAAGGCUAUUAAGGACGAGUAUAUUAAGGUGUUGGAAGCUAUAAAAGCGAAGUCGCCUGAUCGGACUCCUGAUAUAGAUGGUUUGGCUGCGAACGGUAUACAUAGGAGACGACUGUCUAUAGAAGAAGUUGACCUCGAUGAGAAUGAACAUAUUAUUGAAUCAGCAAAAAAAGAACUUUUUACGGACAAAAAAAAUACAUCGCAGCAAAUCGAAAAUGAAAACGGCAAGAUAAAAGUAAUAAAAGUAAACACACCUCGUAAUAUACAUGAAUUUGAACGGGACUGGAGCAGAUAUCAAGAUAAUGACGAGAAUUUAUAUCAAUUUAUUAAGGCUAUUUCUCCCGCAUCUUAUCCAGCUCUUUUGUCGAACUUUUUCGAACCUGAUUACCUUUCCAAAAUCAUUUUUAUAAUGAAAGAAUACUUUUUAGUCUAUGAUUCAGUUGAUGAUAUUUAUAAUAUUUUGUAUUAUUUGACCCGUGUUGGAAGGUUUAGUCUAGUUCUAAUGCUCUUGGGAAAAGAUGAUAAAAAAGUAUUAGAAGAUUUAUUAUGUACGUUAUUAAAAUCAUGUGAUGAAUCACAAGUUGAUAACGUCGGUAGUAUUCGACAAAGAUUGAUAAAAGGGACGCGACAAGACGUGAUAGAAUUGGCUAAAAAUUAUGGUGUUAAGAUUCAGUAA